CCGAAUGAACGACCUUGCCCUUGUGUUUACCGGACGCAAAGCGGCGACGAUAUAUACAAAAAAAUAAAGACCAAUUUACCGUCAAAAGACGAAAGAAGGGUAUAGGUUAGCAGCCCACAAUGGCACAUUUUGUGUAUCCGGCAGCCAAUGCCCAGCCAGCUGCCGCGUACCCAACUGUCCAGACGGCAUACGUGGCUGCAGCACCCCAAGCAGCCUAUGCCACUGCUGCCCCAAGGGCUGGACAGGCAUAUGAUAGCUACCAAACAGCACAUGCUACUCCUCAGUACGCAUACACAACAAGGACACAAGUUGCUGUAACGCCUGCUGCAACGUAUGACCAGAAAGCUUACUACCAGCCAGCAGCACCUUCUUACACAGCUGCUGAAACACAUUACCAACCAGCAUACACUGUUUCAGCUGCUGCUGCAAAGCCGGUGUAUACAACAGGCGCUGCCUACAGCACCCAGCGUGCUGCUGCCCCAAAGGCCCAGACGCAAGUCCAAGUAUCAAGUGCUCCAACCUAUGUGUAUCCCUCUAAUUCCACACCUGUUACGACCUACGCCACCAAUUAUGCCACUAACACUACGUCCAGCAACACAACAGCAUAUACAACAAAGGCCUCCACUGGUUCCAACUACAACACCAUUAAACAAACCGUACAGCCAGUUGUUAUUAAAGGGUAUGAUGCUGCUCUGUACUCUGCAGCCACAUCUUAUUACCAACAACAGCAGGCUGCCAAAACCCCAACUGGUACCUGGCAGCUUAAGAAACAGGGCCAACAAGUUGGCAAACCAAAGCCAAAAGUCCCCCCAAAACAGCCACAGCUCCACUACUGUGACGUGUGCAAGAUCAGCUGUGCUGGCCCACAGACAUACAGAGAACAUCUGGAGGGACAAAAGCACAAGAAGAAGGAAGCUGCCAUGAAAACUGGAAACAACUCACAGCCUGUUGGACGAGGCGGACAGAAUCAGCUGCGCUGUGAGCUCUGUGACGUCACAUGCACAGGAGCUGAUGCCUAUGCUGCCCACAUCAGGGGCUCCAAGCAUCAGAAGGUCCUGAAACUGCAUACACGACUUGGGAAGCCAAUACCUUCUACAGAUCCAGUGAUUGUGUCCCCAGCAUCGGCUGGGUCAUCUACGACAGCAAAGACUGGUACCCCUGCCAUCUCCACCACAGUAACAGCCACCAAGCCCACCAGCAAACCGGCUCCUGUGAUCACAGCACAGCCAGCCAUCACCAAGAAGGUCUUGUCUACUCCUAAAAUCACUUUUGUUGGAGGUACUCAACUCAAGACACUUGGGGCUAAGCCUGAGGAGGUUAAAGUGGAACCUAAGAUUGAGCCUAUUACAUCUUCCAAUGCAUCACUAACAGAUGAUGACAAGGAAGAUGAGGAUGGAGACAAAUUGAAUAUCCUUGGAGAGAAAGAUGUGGCACCUGUUGGUCAUGAGUAUAUUGAAGAGGUGAAGAAUGAGCAAGGAAAAACCAUCAGCUUUAACUGCAAACUGUGUGAAUGUAAAUUCAAUGACCCUAAUGCAAAGGAGAUGCACAUGAAAGGACGCAGACAUAGACUUCAAUAUAAGAAAAAGGUAGACCCGAGUCUGAAUGUCGAGGUAAAGCCGAGCAUCAGAGCCAGGAAGAUUCAGGAAGAAAAGAUACGGCGCCAGGCACAAAAGGAAGAAUACUGGCGACGACGCGAACAGGAACAAAGGUGGCGCGACGAGAUGAGGAUGGAAGAUGAGCUGUACUGGGAAGAGCGACGACGAUAUGAGGACCAGGAGUACUUUGAAUGGCAGCGGCAGGGAGGUAGACCAGGCAUGGGACCCCCAAGGCCUUUCCUUCAUGGGCCUGGUGGACCUCACAUGUUCCAGCCUAUGAGAAGACCAGAUUCCUCAGAUGAUCGCCACGUGAUGGCCAAGCAUGUUGCUAUUUAUCCAAAUGAAGUGGAGCUUCAAGCUGUACAAAAUAUUGUAUCUUUGUGUGAGAAGUCUCUGAAACAAGUAUCAGAUUUCCUGACUGACAGCAUUAAUCCAAAAAACAUGGAUAUAGACAAGGAUGUUAAGAAAGAGGCGGAUAGCAAAGAGGGGGAAAAGAAGGAGGACCCACUGGCCAACCGUGUGUUGAAGGGCGUGAUGCGGGUCGGAGUGCUUGCCAAGGGUCUCCUACUUCAUGGGGACCUUAAUGUACAUCUUGUUGUAUUGUGUUCAGAAAAACCCACACGCACACUGUUGGAGCGAGUUGCAGAUGGCCUACCGAAACAGAUGGGAGCAGCGACAGAAGAAACCUACGAGGUUAGACGCUGUGUGGAGGAGGCCGCCAUUAUUGUAACGAACAGCAAGGAGCCCAAGACUUCAUGCAGCAUUACUUUGACGUCACCAGUCAUGCGAGAAGCUCAGCUGGCUGAUGGAGAGACAUCUGCUACUGUAAGCGUCAAAGACCCACCGGAUGUGUUGGAUAGGCAGAAAUGCCUCGAUGCUCUCGCAGCCCUUCGCCAUGCUAAAUGGUUUCAGGCUAGAGCGAAUGGACUGCAGUCGUGUGUUGUUGUGAUCAGAAUCCUACGGGACCUCUGUCAACGUGUUCCUACGUGGACGCCUCUCAAUGAAUGGGCGAUGGAGUUACUGGUUGAGAAGUGUGUGAGUAGUGGAGGAGCCAAGAUGAGCCCUGGUGAUGCCCUACGUCGCGUCUUUGAAUGUCUAGCAUCGGGGUUACUCCUACCAGGAGGACCAGGGUUGUACGAUCCCUGUGAAAAGGACCCAGCUGAUGCUGCAGCAUCACUUUCCCCCCAGGAACGAGAGGACAUCACAGCUUCAGCUCAGCAUGCUCUGCGGCUGAUAGCAUUCCGGCAAAUCCAUAAGGUUUUGGGUAUGGACCAGUUGCCAGCACCCAAAUUCCAACGACAAAGGAUGAACCCUCGCAAGCGAAGGAGGAUGGAUAGUUCUACAGGAGAAGGGGAUGAAGUCGGAGAGAAGAAAGACAAAAAGGAUGAAGAUCAAGUUAUGGAAACAGCCGAUGGAAAGCAAUAAAAAAUUGUCAUUAUGCUAGAGGAGAGAAAAUCUGACUUAAACUUCUUAAAGAAAUAUGACUAGAACAGCAUUUGAUGUGGGAACCAUUUGUUUAUUGGAUGUACAUUGCUCAAUGAUGUUAGAGUUUGUGUGGAAAUUUUGGAUGAAGAUUCUGUAAAGUUGUAUCAGAUUGAGGGAGAAAUACAUGAAAUUCUAUCAGUUGGAGGGAGAGUGGGGAAAAAAUCUUCAAAUUUACAAACACCACGUUCAAGAACAAUAUACUUGAGGAUGGCUACUUCCAAUCAAUGUAACCCAUCACACACUUUAGUCCAAGUUACAUUUUAGGAAACUUGUCUUUGUUUCAGCCAUUUUGUAAAAAUGCAUUUGUAUUAGCUAUUUCUGUAAGAAGACUCCUCAGAAUAGCUUACAUCUUUUCAACAUGAAAUGUCUCUUGAUGUUGUGAUAUUGUUUUUAAUAUUUUUUCUGUUAUCUUUGUCAUAUUUUUAUCUUAAAUAUUGUGUUUAAACCUUCACAUUAGAGCUAUAAUUGUAUUUAGAGUUGAAGUAAUAUCUCUUACUUUCUGUUUCUUAAAGAAAAAACAUUAUGCAAAUCAAAACAUAGGCCUUUAUAGUGUUCCAUAACCUGGAUUAAAAUAUAUCUUGAUUUCCGAUUAAAAUCAAUACAAGGCAUAUAACGUUCUUUUUCAGUAUUCAGUUUGAAUUCCAUAUCCUGGUUUAUACUGAAUUUCAUACCGAAGUUAGCUUCAAAGGUUGAAGAAUCUAAUUUUUGAUGACCACAUUUAAAUCAUUCAUGUAUAAAAGACAUCCGACUACCUGAAGCUGCUGGCUUUCUCCAUACCAGAUCACUGUAUCCAUAUUUUAUCUUUGUUCUCGUGGUGUGCAGGUAAAUCAAGAUUAAUCGUUUCCAACAUUGAUGUACAUAGUCGCAUUGCCUCAUCUAGAUUGUUUAUAGUAGACUGUCAGGUUUAACAGUUAACUAAAUGCGAGUGUGUCAUUUUGUCAGUAUUACAAGCUGUGUCCAUGCUGAAUGGGUAAUGCUGGUGUUCAGACAGUCCCUUGAGUAGGAUAGCUGGUUUAUACAUAAUGGUUCUGUACAAAUUAUCACUGUUAUUAUUAUUUUGCUACAAAUGUAAAGUUGUGCUGUGUCUGGAAUGGACAUUUUACGAAGAGACCCCACACAUUAUGAUGCAGUUGCACGAAGCCGUAUAGCUCUGGUACCCCGCCACAUGUAGUCAAAUGUAUUUUGUGAGACAUACCAGUUGUGAACGAGUGUUGUGUACCUAUUAUAGGCACUUGUAUUGCAUACUCAAUAUGCCAGUAAUAUUUACUGGUUAAUGGAUCAAUAAAUGUCUGAUGUGUAUCUUAAAA